AUGGGUAGGCGAAAAAAUAAACCACGUCGAUCGGGUGGGAUAAUAGUAGAAACAAAUGCUACUACGGAAACAGAAUUGGAUAAAGAUAAUAUUGUAGAAGCGGGAGAAGAAGAAAAAAAUAAUUUUGGUGAUUUUGAUAAACCUUAUUUUGUUGAAGUUGACCGCUCUGGUUGGUUGUCAGAUGAACACCUUGAUAUUUCUGAAGUUGUUCUUAGUGAUUUAAAUUUAAGAGAAGGUUUUAAUGAUUUUGAAUUGUCUGAAGAUUUUUCUCAGGAUCCCCAAUUCUCGUUAAGAUUUCGGUUAUGUAAUGUCGGUAAUGUUCUUGGUCGAAUCAAACUUGGCCAUUGGCCUGUAUUUCCUUACACCGAUAUUCAUUUAGAGUUUGUUAAAAGAGCUACAACUGACAAUAAUGAAACAUGCACAGUGAUGUUAUCGGGUAUUUUUGAUGGACCUGAUGAAGGUGUUUCUGGUCUUGUUCAUUUGACGAGUUUGAAAUUUGUUACAUUGAGGGUGGUUCCUGGGAUUAGUUUUUCUGAGGAGAUACCUUCCCUCAGGGUGAGGGUUGAGGUAUUAAAGAGUGCCUUCGAUGCAUGUGAGUCGCUUCUUGAGAGUUCUAGACAGCAAUGGAAAAAGAGUAUGAUGAAUUUCAUGUCUUGGUUACGACCAGAAAUGAUGACUUCAGAGGUUAAGUAUGGGUUAAGUAGCUAUAUGGAAAUGGAAGUUGAUUCGCAGGAAGACAUGGCAGACAAUGGUGGCUAUGCAGGGAAUGGCUCGAGGUUCGAUCCUGCUGGUUUCUAUGAAGCCAUUAAACCUUCAAAAGCAGAGCCAAUGCUUGAAGAUGACAUACCUGAGUUACUUCCUGAACUUCGGCCAUAUCAAAGGCGUGCAGCUUUUUGGAUGGUAAAACGAGAAAAAGCAAUGGAAGAAAGUCAGAUUGAAAGAGAAAGAAACCAGUUUCAUUCUCCAUUGUGUGUGGCGGUUGAUUUUCUGGACACAAGCUCUAAAAUGUUUUUCAAUCCGUUCAGUGGAAAUAUUUCCUUGUGCCCAGAGACUUCUUCGCCUUAUGUAUUCGGAGGCAUUCUUGCUGAUGAGAUGGGAUUAGGAAAAACUGUAGAAUUGCUUGCCUGCAUCUUUGCUCACCGGAGAUCGGCAAAUGGAUGCGACACACUAAUUGACUCAGUUCCCCAAGUUAAUGACAAUGUAAAAGCCGCUUUAAAAAGACUUAAAAGAGAGCGGGUGGAGUGCAUAUGUGGAGCUGUCAGCGAAAGUCUUCAAUAUGAAGGACUAUGGGUUCAAUGUGACGUUUGUGAUGCUUGGCAACAUGCAGAUUGUGUUGGUUAUUCGCCUAAAGGAAAGCCACUGAAAUCAAAACAAGGAUUGGAAAACAAAACACAUAAAACUACUAUAGCUUUGAGGAAUGGGGAAUAUGUAUGUCAGAUGUGCUCUGAACUAAUGCAAGCUACUGAAUCUCCUAUCGCCUCUGGUGCUACACUCAUUGUUUGCCCAGCUCCUAUUUUGCCCCAGUGGCAUGAUGAAAUUAUUCGUCAUACACGUCCAGGAGCCCUGAAAACUUGUAUUUAUGAAGGUGUGCGUCAAACAUCUUUCUCCAAUUCAACUUCAAUGGAUAUCGGUGAUCUUGCCAGUGCGGACAUUGUAAUCACUACAUAUGAUGUGCUUAAAGAGGAUUUGUCCCAUGAUUCUGAUAGACAUAUAGGUGAUCGGCACCUUUUGAGGUUUCAGAAAAGGUACCCAGUUAUCCCAACUCUUCUUACCAGAAUAUAUUGGUGGAGGAUUUGUUUGGAUGAGGCUCAAAUGGUGGAGAGUACUGUUGCUACCGCUGCAACUGAAAUGGCUCUUAGACUCCAUUCCAAGCAUUGUUGGUGCAUUACAGGAACCCCAAUUCAGCGAAAGCUUGAUGACUUAUAUGGACUUUUAAGGUUCAGUAAAACUAGUCCUUUCAAUAUAUACAGAUGGUGGAGUGAUGUUAUUCGAGAUCCGUAUGAGAAGGGAGAUAUGGGAGCUAUGGAAUUUACGCACAGAAUUUUCAAACAAAUCAUGUGGCGUUCUUGUAAACAACAUGUUGCAGAUGAAUUGGAACUUCCUUCCCAAGAGGAGUGCCUCUCUUGGCUUACACUAUCACCAGUAGAAGAGCACUUUUACCAGAGGCAACAUGAAGCUUGUGUUAGAGAUUCCCAUGAGUUUAUAGAAAGUUUGAGAAAUGAUAUUCUUAAUAGAAAAGUCCCAGAUUCGGUUGCUUUGAAUGGUUUGUCUAAUCCUUUAAUGACUCAAACAGAGGCAGGGAAGCUAUUGAAUGCUUUGCUGAAGCUUCGUCAGGCUUGUUGUCAUCCCCAGGUUGGAAGUUCUGGGUUGCGAUCCAUGCACCAGUCUCCUAUGACAAUGGAGGAAGUACUAAUGGUCCUUAUAAGCAAGACCAAGGUAGAAGGUGAGGAAGCUCUCAGGAGGUUAGUUAUGGCUCUGAAUGCACUUGCAGCAAUCAUUACAAUACAAAAAGAUUUUUCUCAAGCUGCUUUACUGUACAACGAGGCUCUUACUUUAGCUGAAGAGCAUUCCGAAGAUUUCCGCCUUGAUCCUUUGUUAAAUAUCCACAUUCAUCAUAAUCUUGCUAAUAUAUUCCCGUUGGCUGAGAAUUUUGCUUUGAUCUUACCAUCCAAACGAAAGCAAGUAUCUGGAACUUCUGCAAUUAAUACAACCAAAAAGAAUUCUAUUGCAAAGGUUGAUCAUGAUCAUGUGAAGAGGCACAAAAUGAGUAACUGCGAUAACAUAAUUUCUGCAGAACCAUCAAAUGUUGCAUCUAGCCUUUCAGAAAGUGACUUAAAUGAUAGAGAAUUUGAUGACGUGUCUGCAAGUUCCGUCAAAUACUUGAUAGCAGAGUGCGAAGAUUUAAAACUAAAAUAUUUAUCUGUGUUCAGUUCAAAGCUAACUGUAGCUCAACAGGAGUUUCAAAGUUCUUACAUGCAGGUUUGUAACUUAUAUCGUGACACCAGAAAAAAUCAAAAUACACUUUGGUGGUUAGAAGCACUUCAUAAUGCUGAGCAGAACAAAGAUUUCUCAACCGAGUUGCUUAGAAAGAUUGAAGAAGCCAUCUCAGGAAAUUCAAACAAUUCAAAAUCGCCACGAGUAGCUACUCGUUUUCGGAGCAUAAGCUCUCUGAAGUAUCAAAUUCAAACCAGUUUGGAUCAGUUAGAAGCCUCUAGGAAAGUGUUAUUAGACCGUCUGUUAGAAGUUGAUCAGACAAUGGAAAAUCCAAAUGAUGAAGAUAUUGAGCGUGUUGGUAAAUGUCGAAAUUGUCAACCUAAUUGUGAUGGCCCCCCAUGCGUUCUGUGUGAACUAGAUGAAUUGUUUCAGAACCAUGAAGCUAGACUCUUUGUUCUCAAGAAUGACCGUGGAGGGUUAAUUUCAACUGCUGAGGAGGCAGUAGAUUUUAAAAAGAAAAUUUUUGCACGUAAUCAAUUCCUCGCAAACCUAUCAAAGUCUAAUCACAGUUCAUCAGUUUCUGAUAUUGAUUAUGAUGAGUCUGAAAAAAGGAAUGUUGGACAAAGAGUUAUGACAUUGAGAUCGGCAUCUAUGGUGGAGGUUCUUCUUGGAGUUAUAAAGAACUAUUGCAAGACUCGGUUUGGAAAGGACAGUGUAGCAGCAGCCACCAAGCAUUUACAUCUUUUGGAGGGAAUGCGAAAGGAGUUUGCUUAUGCAAGGUCUUUGGCAUCAGCUCAAGGUCAAUAUCUGCGAGCACAUGAUGAAAUAAAGAUGGCGGUUUCUCGUUUACACCUAAGGGCAAAUGAAGAUGAUAAAUCUCUUGAUUCUCUAGGUGAAAAUGAAUUAUAUGUGGCUAGCUCAAACUUUUCCCAGGAGAAGUUUGUGUCAUUGGCUUUAUUGUCACAGAUUAAAGGAAAGCUACGCUACUUAAAGGGUUUGGUUCAAUCUAAGCAAAAACUGCCAUUGGAAAGUCCAGAUAACUCUUCAUGCUCUCAAGACACAAAUGCUAUGUUAAAUUCUACAGAAGAGAAGGGUGAACUCAUAUCUAAGACUUAUGAGGAAACAUGCCCAAUUUGCCAAGAAAAGCUAGGCCAUCAGAGAAUGGUGUUUCAAUGUGGGCAUGUUACUUGCUGUAAAUGUUUAUUUGCUAUGACUGAGAAAAGGCUUCAACAUAGCAAGACUCAUAAUUGGGUGAUGUGCCCUACAUGUCGACAGCAUACCGAUUUUGGAAACAUUGCCUAUGCUGUUGAUGCACAGAAGGAAUCUCCCAAUUCAUCAAUGCUGCAUACAACUGACAGCUGUGAAAAAAAUGAAGCAUUCAUUACUGUUAAAGGCUCAUAUGGAACCAAGAUUGAAGCAGUCACAAGAAGAAUCUUGUGGAUAAAGGCUACAAAUCAUAAAUCAAAAGUUCUUGUAUUUUCAAGUUGGAAAGAUGUACUUGAUGUACUGGAACAUGCCUUUGCCACCAAUAACAUCACCUUCAUCCGGAUGAAUGGAGGCAGGAAAGCUCACACUGCCAUCAGUCAAUUUAGAGGAAAACAGAAUGACUCAAAAGGAUGUGAGGGGUCAGAACCAAAAUCUAUUCAGGUGUUGUUGCUUUUAAUCCAACAUGGAGCCAAUGGUCUCAAUCUUUUGGAAGCUCAACAUGUGGUCCUUGUAGAGCCAUUACUCAAUCCAGCUGCUGAAGCACAAGCAAUCAGUCGUGUACAUCGUAUUGGCCAAAAACAUAAGACCCUCAUUCAUCGCUUCUUAGUAAAAGACACAGUCGAAGAGAGCAUAUAUAAAUUGAACAGAAGCAGAAGCAAUCAUUCAUUCAUCAGUGGCAACACAAAAAAUCAAGAUGAACCUGUUUUGACCCUUAAGGAUGUGGAAUCCUUGCUGGUAAGAGCACCUUUAACGGCGCAGGAAACCGAUGAAAAUCCUAAUACAAAUACAAACCUGAGAGACUUUCCUCCAUCAAUUGCGGCAGCUAUAGCUGCUGAGAGAAGACUUAAUGAGCAAAGAACAUGA